UUUUUAACAAUUGGGGGAAGGCGGCAACUUGCAUAAACAGGAACUCUGAUUCGUGCCACGCAAACUAAUAGCGAUAUUGGUUUGGGAUACUGAUAUUCCAGUAGUUAGAGCUGAUCAUCUGGGUUUUCCGAAGAACCUUAAAAAAAGCGUUUCGCCAAUCGGCGGGAAAAGGCUCUUAUCAAGAGACCAGUUGGAGGGGCAGCCUUAUUUAUCCAGAGUUUUUAAUCAGAUAACUACUUUGCAAUCAGAGGUGUUUUUACACUGAGAUAACCCACUAAACUGCGUUUCUCGAACAACGCAGUAUGGCGUGGAUAGGCGCCGCGUGGCUUCUUGCCGCGCUAUUCUUUGACCCAGCCAUGGGAAAAAAUACCCGUGUGUGUCAGGACGAAAUGCUUACAAUUGACUGCCAAGGAAACUACAUCAAUAUACACGGUGCUGUAUGGGGUAGGAUGGACGAUACUGUGUGCAAGGAUGCGUCGGCAAUCAUCAGUGAAACAGAGUUCCAGCAUUGCAAGGCUGACAUCUCUUGGUUUGCAGUGUCUUUCCAUUGCCAGGGACAGAAAAUGUGCAAACUUCCGGUCAUGAACUCGACUUUCUUUGGGGUCGAUCCUUGUCCAGGAACGCGCAAAUACUUGGAGGUCAGUUACGAGUGCAUGGAUUCGGAGCAGAAAUGUGAAUUUAGAAACUUUGAGCCGAGCCAGCUGAGGACAUCGUACGCUUGUCGGGACGAACUGCUCACCCCGUCGUGCCCAGAGGGGCAAGUCAUACACCCUCUGGAGGCCAACUAUGGUAGGAUGGGUACUGACGUGUGCCCCACCGAUCAGAUUAAUUAUGAUGACGUCAAUUGCCGGUCUCCGCCCACAUUUCAAAGGGUUUGUUUAGACUGCCGAGGAAAACAGGAGUGUAAGAUAGACUCUAGAUUGUUUGAAGAUAAUUGUGUGAACACCGAUAAAUACAUCAGCUUCCAGUAUGAGUGCGUGACACCGGGUGGCCAAAUUGUCAAGCAAAUAGAUCCCGUAGAUGGCGAAGUGUACAUACCCCCGGUUCGAGAACCAGAAGCCCCCAAGCCAGAUCCCGACCCAAGUGAAUUUGAGGCACCGGGAGGUGAGAUCGAGCAACCGGAUAACCCCGUUGGUGAUACACAAGUUUAUCAGCCUCCUGAAAGAGGAGACACUGACGUCGAAGCGCCACCUACUCGCCCACAACCAGCCCCAGCUACCACACCGGCCCCUGCGAAUCCAGCUGGAGGUUUCAAACAAGAAGUGGCACCCCCUCCCGGGGCUAGCUUCAAUACAGGCGGACAAUCCCCUCCAUCUCCGGACAUUGUUGGAGGUAUCAAACAAGAAGUUCCAUCCGCUGGUGCCGGUAGUUUUUAUACUGGUCAAGAAACCCCUGAAUCUCCAGAGAUUGGAAAUGCAGAUGUAGAAACACCACGACCAGAGCGCCCUCGUCCUCAGCCGGAGACCCCAGUUGGAGGUAUCAAACAAGAAGUUCCAUCCGCUGGUGCCGGUAGUUUUUAUACUGGUCAAGAAACCCCUGAAUCUCCAGAGAUUGGAAAUGCAGAUGUAGAAACACCACGACCAGAGCGCCCUCGUCCUCAGCCGGAGACCCCAGUUGGAAGUUUCAACCAAGAUGUUCCAAAACCUUCCGGUGGAAGCUUUAGCACCGGCCAACAACAACCCGUUGGAGGUAUCAAGCAAGAAGUUCCAUCACCUUCCGGUGGUAGCUUUAGCACUGGCCAACAACAGCCCCUUCCCGGAGGAAGUAUCAACCAGAAAGUUCCAUCAUCUUCCGGAGGUAGCUUUAGUACUGGUCAAGAAUCCCCGGAAAGCCCACCAGAUAUUGGGGAUGCAGAGGUCAUCGAAGAACGUACUCGUGGCGACUCUGAGGUAGCCAGUCCAUCUACUCGAGACAGUUCACCAGCAACGGGCCUUCUGGCAGCACUUAUUAAAAGCAAAUAUACCAAGACAGCUGGAGGAGUGUUCUCUACUAAUGCAAGAUCUAGUGACAGCAACCUACGGGGACUUUUUGGACAAACACCUGUUCAAAGUUCGGGAGGGCAGUUCCAAUUGGUUCCCCCUGAAGUACCAGAUUCUCCCGACGUCGGAGAUGCAGAAGCUGAAACGCCGCGUGAACGUGGUAGGCCUUCCCAGCCAGGCUCAACUGGAAGCGGGACUUUUCAGUCAAUUGGUGUUCAAAGUGGAUCAGGAGUAUUCAGAAGCUCUAAUGUUCAGAGUGCUCCAACUGUCGAAACUGGGGAUAGCGAAGUUGAAGCACCUCAAACAAGGAAUGGCAGAGUUGGAACAGGUACAUUCAAUCAGAAAUCGACAGUGAGUUUGUCUGCUUUGUUUCUGACCCCGAUAAAAACUGACGCAGAAAUAGGAGAUGCCGAAACUGCUCAAAGCCCAACAAGGACAAGACAAACGUCAGUGCGGACUGGAAGCACAAACAUUCCUGUCGGAAUAUUGGUUAAACUAAGGACACAAUCUGGUUCACAGGAUCAUAAGACAUCCGCCAGUUUUGUGGAGGAAGAUGACCAAGUACCAAGAGGAGAUGCGGAUGUAGCUAUUGUGCGAACUCGAGGAGAUGUAGAUACUGCAGGAGAACAACAAAGAACACCGGCAGAAAUAGCAGCUCAACUAAGGGGAGGAAGCUUUUUCCAUGCCGCUGUUCGUUCUGGAGCAUCCCAGAUAAGAACUAGAGACUUAGAUGAAGAAAUGCGGAGAUCUCACUCAUCCGUAAGCUCUAUCAGAGUGCUGAAAAUGGAUUCAAGUUUUGUAUUGUUUGGUGAUGACAUGGAUCUUCCAAAGCUAGAAGCAGAUAUUGAGGCCUACAAUUUGCCUGAAGUGCAAGAAAAUUUCCCUAAUACCAACGCAUUUGGUUAUAUUACCGUCAAGCUACAUGAGAACGGGCCACUGGAUUUCUCACAUCGACAGCACCUCACUUUCCUUGCUACGGCUCAUGAAAACAGAGAUACUCUAGUCAACAUUCUUGCUGCACCUGGACUACGGACCUUUUACAUAGACCAGCAAGUUUCUCUUUCGGAUGGGACUAAAAUAAUGUACAAGUUCCCCUUCAUUUUGAACGAGUAUAUGGGCACAACAUACUUUAUAGCUGCGUUUACAUCAUGCAAGGCGUACAAUUACUUUGGAUUUAGUCAGCCUGGUUAUUACAUCAUCGACGCUGAUGGUUCCGGUGCAGAAUUUCAACCAAUGGUAGUCAAAUGCCAAGGUGAUAAUACUGUCUUGGAUCAAAGGAUUGAUGCCCUUUGCACUGAUGAGAAUGAUGCUUCUGGAGCCCCCGUAUGCAACGUUGAUACAAGUGCUUGGUUCCAAAGUGUUCAGAAUAUCCAGACUACGCCUGUACACGUGGGAGCAUCUCACAGUUAUCACAGCCGAUUUUCUACUUUCAACCAGAAGCCACAUAACAGAAAUGUGCAAAGUAUUUCACUGGCAAGUCUAUUAAUAAGGAACUCACAACGACGUAAACGAAGAUCAGCUAGCCUGGGAAAUGCUUUUCUUACUAGCAGUAAAUUCCAAACGAAUGGGAGUAUCUCUGUUGUAACGGGAAGUGUUACACUAACAAAUUACCGUAUCGUGAAGUACACAAAGAGUGUACGCACUCAGUUUGAAACGUCCGGCGUGGUCGACGAAGACGUUGAGGAAGUAGCAGUUGUAGAAGAAGCGGAGCGAGGAGAUGCAGAAGUGUUUCAGACCAGAACGAGACCGAGAGGGGAUACGGAGGCAAACCCGAUCACUUCCCGCCAAGAGCCGCAAAUGGAAGUCAUCGAGCUGAUGGAAAUGGACGGCCAGAUUUACGAAGUGUUUACGUCAUGCGAGCAUGCGUAUUUCAGCAUUGGUGAAUUGCAUGAGUUUGAAGUGAUUGAUCCUGAUGGAAGUGAUAACGUCUUCAUCGCAUCGUGUCAUCAGCAUGAUGAAUAUGGGCCAAUCCUGUCACAGGUUCAUGUGACAGAGACAAGUUUCACCCUGGAUCCGUCCCAGUCUGUGUUUACCGCCGAUAUUACCUACGGCAGGGGCUCGGAGGAGAGUAUCGACCAAGAACGGGUCAUUGCUCUAAUCAACAACUCAGGAUACUGCUCUCAAAAGGUUGUUUUCUCUUGCCAAGGUGCGUCACUAAAUUCCGAUGGUUCUAAUGGUGUCAUCCUGGAUAGGAACGGCGAUGAGAUAGCAUCACCGUGGGGUGGCGUGGAUGGACCUUGCGCCGAACCAGAUACAUGCCAGUGCCUUACGUCGGGAAGCAUGGGACUGAAUGAAGCGAUCAUUGAAGAUAAAAGUCUCUUGCCCAUAACGGGCUUGAGGCUUGAUUCAGUAGAUGGUCCUGGAUCAUUCCUUGUCGGAAGCGUAGAGUGCAGAGAUGAUCUCAGUAAUAAUGCAAAUGUGGUAAAGGCUGAACUAUACAGAGAGAUGCUACCGGUGUUGAGAACUUGCUCCGAGCUCUACAUGUACAUGAAAGCAAUGGGAAUUCGUUUCAUGGCUGGCUACUACCUUAUAAACCCCAACCCUAUGUCAGGCAAGGCAGGCGAGGUAUUCUGUGAAUCGGAUGGAAGGACAGUGGUCGGUCACAACCACAUGGGAACAAAUGCCAUCAACGAAACCAACAUGGUGGUUGAACUGAUGUACAAACAAUCGGCCAGGUUCAUGAUGGACCUUGAAAGCAUCUCCGGUAAAUGCGAGCAGUACGUCAAGGCAACGUGCAGAAAUAUGCCUUUCUUCAAAUACCCACUGAACGCGCAAGACAGGCCAGAGGCAUUGGCUACCUGGACCACUCUGGAUGACAUACCACAGGACAGUUGGGGCACCGAGGAUUCUGAAAAAGGGUGCCCAUGCUUUACUACGCCGGCUAAAUGCCUCGAAGAAAAUAAGCUGUGCAACUGCGAUGCAUUCCCUGGUCAUGAGUCAUUGGAUGAGAUCUUCCUGAUGGAACCCGCCAAGGCUUUCAACUUCACAAAGGCCACCGGAACAGGCAACAUCCUGGAGAUGGGAGGAUGGGAAUGUAAUGAGACUAUGGAGUCAACCAGUGCUCCAUAUGUUCCCAUACAAAAAACCUGUAAUGGCGUGUUGGAAUACUUGAUGAACCAACUAUUACCGGUCUCUUCUGGAUUCUACUGGAUUGAUCCGGAUGAGGAGGCUGGAGUCCUUCGACCGUUUUUUGCCUACUGUGAUUUCUAUUACCCUGACUCAGGAGAUCAAACUACUAAAGUGGCCGAGACUGUAAUUUAUCACGACUACGAGGACUACCUGUUCGCAGACAAGGAUGGUCUCACUCAACGCUUCAGAUACUCCGAAGCAUCCAUCGCACAGAUUGCUGCUCUCACUAGGGUGUCUGAAAAGUGCGAGCAGAUGAUAGAGUUUAACUGCAAGGGCUCCCCCAUCUGGUCUGGAGAUGUACAGAGGGCUUGGUGGACCGAUCGGCAUGGUAAUCGGAUGGUCAACUGGGGCGGCGUCCCUACUGGAGAAAAGGGAUGUGCGUGCAAGCUUUCUCAAGAAGGAUGUGCAGGGGGAGCCGCUAGUUACUGUAAUUGUGACGCCAAUGAUGCCGGGUCCAUGCUUUACGAUGGUGGCAUAUUGAACGACAAGAGUAACCUCCCAGUGACCUCUGUGACCCUCGGCCGUUCCGCCGACGACACUAGCUUCUUCAGGGUGUCUCCUCUCAGAUGCAGUGGUCAAGGAGGCUCGCCUGCUUUAACAGAACAAGAUUACACCUUCUUAUUCAAUGCCGACGAUCAAGAAGAACGUUUAAUGAAUGUAUUGCCCCGCCUUGAGCCUGGCCAGGAUAUGGUUGAGUUUUCCGUUGAUGCGAUGUCUGAUGCCUACAUUGCUUUUGCUAGCGAUCCAUAUGGGGUUCCAGAAUAUGAGAUUGCGAUUGGAGUGGAUGGAAACAACAUUACAGAAUUUUUCGAAGGCCAGGAACAAGAGAUGAGAUUCGACACACCCGGGAUCCUGAACGCGGAUAGACCCACGCACUUCCGCGUCAGUUUCUUAGACGAGGUUAUCGAGCUGGUGAAGGUGGAAACCGGAGGUAGCGAGGUGCCGAUUGGAGCGGUUGACUUUGGAACGGUACAUCCCUUCCGAUACAUCCUCUUUGGUUCAAAGGCUCCCUCUACCUGGAGAUUCCCCUACCUUGCAGCUACUUCUAUGCAGGUGUGCGAUCCAGACAUGAUGAUCAUGGGAUGUCCAAGUGGACAGUAUAUCGACGUCACCUACGCCAACUACGGCUAUGACCCGACAUCUACUUGCGGCGCCGACGGUAUGGAUUACCCUGCUUGCAGCUCAGAAUCCUCCAUCUCAGAGGUUCUUGAGCGUUGUCAAGGUCUUCCUUCCUGUGCCUUCCAGGUGACUACGGGUGUCUUCGGAGACCCCUGUGCUUCUGUUGACACUCCAAAGUCCCUGAAAGUUAGGUAUCGGUGCACCCCCGAACCCGUUCCGAAGUCGGGGAGAGCCGGGGCAUGCCUCAACAUGGAGUGUCACAAUGGUGGAACAUGCCUCCCAUUCAAUGGUGGAGCUCGCUGCAAAUGUGCGUACGGGUGGACGGGUCCCUCGUGUGAUAUGCGUGAAGCUGUAUGCAACCUAAUUGGGGGCUCGUACUUCAAGACGUUUGAUGAUAAGUUCUACUACUUCCCAGUGAGUUUCACCGACAACCAACAGUGUACAUUCACCCUGGUCAGCCACCAGUCAUUUGCGGGAGAGCGCUUUGACGUUCUCACACGUAACGGAGAAGUGGUCAUCGAGAUUGCCUCGGAGACGAUAGAACUUGGUGAGGAUGUCAGGAUAGAUGGUUUUCCUGUAAAUGAUUUCUCUGGACAGCACUAUAGCAUAUCAGAGAGAGGAAAUGGAGAGUAUGUUGUAGAGCUGAACGUUGGGAUGUCUAUUCACUACAAGAAGGAUGGACCUGUUUACAUCACAAUGAGGGGCACAGUGGAUGUGGUUUCUGGCCUUUGCGGGAACAACGACGGCAACGCAGACAACGAUUUUACUCUGGAUAAUGAGAUACUUGAUACGCAAAUGUUUGUGCAACGGUACAAAAGGAUUUGCGAUCCCAACACCUACGAGCCUGUGGACGUACCUUGUGAAGAGACUACUCACAUCAGCAAUCAGUGUCAUUUCACUUUGACUAACAUCAGGAGCAUAUUUGAUAUCUGCCCGGUUGCUCCUGAGGUCUACCUUGAGUCCUGCAUGCGUCACAUGUGUCACUCCCAGAGUCAGUGUGACUCCAUUCAUGACUAUGUGACAAGGUGUAAAGCUCAGAAUGUCAACAUAGAAGGCUGGAGGACCCUAUCAGACUGUGCCAUGCAAUGUGGUCCCAACAUGAUGUACGAAGAAAUGGCCUCUGCGUGUCAGCCCACUUGUCAAAACCAGACACCACAGACGGAUUGCAACCAACCACCCAUAGACGGCUGCGUGUGUAUGACAGGCUACAUCCUCCAUAACGAACUCUGCAUCACAAAGGCAACUUGCAACAUCAUCCUGUCUGGGUCUAGUGGUCAGCCAGCACCAGGCCCUGUCAAUACUGGAUUGACAAGUUUAUUUUCAUUGUUCACCCAAAGGCAGACUACAAUCACCGGAUCUGGGCAACCUGCUGUUUCGAUUCCAGGACAACCUGCUGUGAAUCCAGGACAACCAGGUUCUUUCACUCCGGGACAACCAGCCCCACCGCAACCAAGUGGAACAGUAAACCUUGGUUCAAUCUUUACACUUGGACAACCUGCUUCUGCUCCGUCCCCAUCACAACCGGCUCCUUUCCCGGCACAACCGGCUCCGUCCCCAGCACAACCGGCUCCUUCCCCAGCACAACCGGUUCCAUCCCCAGCACAACCGGCUCCAUCCCCAGCACAACCGGUUCCUUCCCCUGCCCAACCGGCUCCGUCUCCAGGACAGCCGUCUUUCUCUCCAGGAAUGCCCAGCCUGAGUGAGAUGUUCAGACUGUUCCAGCAAUCACAAGCUCCUGCACCAGCCCCAGCACAACCAGCUCCGGCUCCAGGUCAACCAGCUCCGGCUCCAGGUCAACCAGCUCCGGCUCCAGGUCAACCAGCCCCAGCUCCAGGUCAACCAGCUCCAACCCCAGGACAGCCUGCUCCUGCACCUGCUCCACCAGCUCCAAGCUCGACGAGUUUUAAUCUCGGUCAAAUAUUCCGACCUCAACCAGCACCAGCACCGGCACCACAACCCAAUCAACCGGCACCAGCAACAUCUGCACCUGGGCAGCCAGCACCAUCACCAUCUAUGCCUGGUCAGCCGGAACCAGCACCUUCUGUGCCCGGUCAACCAGCACCAGCACCAUUUGUGCCCGGUCAACCGGCACCACCAAGUAUGCCUGGUCAACCGCCAGCACCAGUACCAAUGGAGACUCCUGAACAAUGCGACAUGGUAUACGGAUUUGACGUAUUUGAUCGCGGAAAUUACGACAGCGAUGACAAGACAGUGAUCUUCUACGGGGACCCCCUGCAGUGCCACGGCGAUUCGGGCUACAUCAGCUACAUGGUGCGCCAGCUGGAACCGUUCUACGUCCGCUUCUACCGCUCCAUCGGGGCGAACAUGGUGAUGCUGGUCAGCAGUGAGGUCGUCAUGCCCGACUCGAUGUCCGGGACCUUCAACUUCUCGAUGCCGUACCAUAAGGGAGACUUCCUCAGCAUCAGCUUCCAGACCGGUUUGAUCUCUUACACCGAAGGCGGACCUACGACUUUUGAUACCUUGGUCUUGUAUUACAACAAGUACCCUGAGAUUGCUUCGUCGCUCCCCGGAACCACUUUACGCAUCCCGGAAACGGAGUUGCUGGUGAAGAGGGAAUACUCCAUCAUGGCUACGCUUGCCUGCGAUUGUGAGGGAGAACCACAGGGACCCGCAAUUGAUUGCAACUCUCCGCUUGGCGUGGGUAGUAGGGACAUCCCAGACGUAAACUUUGAAGCCUCCUCUAACAUCAUCGGCAGCCCGCCAUCGGAAGCCCGCCUCUUCACACAGGUCGGUAUGAUGUUCAUCGGCGGCGAAGGAUGGACAGCACUAGCCUCCGAGGCUGACCAGUGGAUUCAGGUCAGAUUGAACGCUGUGACUGACGUAGUUGGACUGCAGACCCAGGGAGGUGGCCAAGGGGCCAACCAGGAGUGGGUGACCAGCUAUGCCGUUCAGCAUGGCAUCGGUGAAGACAUCCCGGAGUAUGUCAGGGAUGAUAAAGGCAUGAUUCAGACAUUUGUUGGGAACAGUGAUAAGGAGUCCAUCCAAACAAACUACUUCUGGAAGCCCAUCAGAGCAGAAGUGAUACGCAUACUACCAAAGACCUGGAAUUCUCGCAUAUCAAUGCGGUUUGAGGUUCUGGGUUGCCUUGCUGAUAACCCUUGCGACAGCAACCCUUGCCAAAAUGGAGGAAUCUGUAGCCACGACACCCGUACCAACGACUUUGUCUGCGCCUGCCCGGAUCUCUUCAGUGGAAAGACGUGUGAGGAAGAAAUGGGAACCUGUGUCCUGCUUCCCGAAAUGUCCAUCAAAACCUACGAUGAGGCGAAGUACUUCUAUCCUGGUGAAUGCGAGUAUGUGGCGACCCAGACCUGUGCUGACGGUCCAGAUAGCUUCCAGGUGUACGUGACCACCAUCCCGUUCAUGGAGAAGGAGAUUAGAGUGGUACUCGGUGGAAAGACAUACCAGCUGAAAGGAGAAAAGGAGUUGUACGUAGAUAAUCAACGGGCUGCAUUCCCUUACAUGACCCCUCCCGCCAUCACACCUGAAGUCAAGGUUAUCCUGGCAGGCAACAAUAUACCAGUGUUAAUGACAGACUUUGGGCUGAGAGUUUGGUGGGAAGGAAGUCGCACCGUCAAGAUCCAGGUGCCACUCCACCUGCGGAAUGAGAUGUGCGGACUCUGCGGUAACUUCAACGGUGAUAUGACUGAUGACUUCAAACUGAGAGAUGGGUCUGUGGUGAGCAAUCCUACUGAGUUUGGAAAGAAUUGGGUAAAUCCUCCGUGCCUUGCACCGUGCACUUUCUGUGAUCAACCGACCUCUUGUGACAAUAAAGCGGCCAGUGUACGCUCGGCGGCGGUAAUGACAUGCUCCGAAAUGAGCUCUACCUUCGCCACCUGUCUCGGUAAUAUGAUUGACAAUUCCAUGUACGUGGAUGGCUGUACUCGCGGCAUGUGUGUCACUGAAAAUGACAAUGGCUUUUUCUGUGAGCUGGCCGCUAGCCUUGCACGGGAAUGCGAAUCGAUGGGCUUGCCAGUGGAAACAUGGAGAAACUCAAUAUCACGAUGUGCUCUUACGCCACCGACCGGUACCAUGUACGAGCGUUGCCUCUCGCCGUGCACCCCGAGCUGUGGCAGCCCCGACAUGGCUGAGAAGUGUGACUUGAUGUCGUGCGUGGAAGGCUUCUCCUGUUCCCCUGGCCUUGUCUUCAAUGGGGAGACCUGUGUGUUUGAGAGGGAGUGUGGAUGCAUCGUGGACGGAGAGCUCUAUGACAUUGGGGAGUCCUAUUUAGCUAAUGAUUGCACAGAACGUUGUGAAUGUCGUCAAGAAGGUCACAUGGAUUGUCAACCAGUAGUAUGCCAUGAAGACGCAACCUGUGCUGUUGUUGAUGGUGGAUACCAGUGCAAUUGUAAUGAGGGCUUCGCUGGUCAGGGACUCCAAAACUGCUUUGCCAUCGAUGAGCCCAUUGAAACCUCUGCCUGUGAAGACGAAGAUUUAACAUUGACAUGCGAGACUGGAUUCAUCGAUGUCAUAUCUGCCUUCUAUGGCCAAGACUCCCGUCUCAGCGCAUGCCGUCCAACCGGAUUCUUCCUGGGCUCAUGUUCCGCUGAGGGCGCCCUCCUCGAAGUCCAGAACCGGUGCCAGGGUAAGGCUACGUGCACGUUCAAGGCAAGCACGGAUGUCUUUGGUGACCCCUGCAACGUUGCGGCGUAUGCGCGUGUGGAGCACCACUGUACCCCGGAAACUCUAGCUAGCGACGUCCCCGAGGUACCCGUUCGAAGGAACACCCCGCAAGGACGGACCAUGAACUUGCAGUGUCCAGACGGCACCUUCCUGGACAUCCAGCAUGUCAAGUUCCAGGGGGAGAGUUGCUCCUCGGCUGCCAAGUUGAUCGUCACCAUGGCCUGCCAAGGAAGGACCCAGUGCGAAGUAGAAGCCACGCCAGCUAACAUUGAUGCAACCUGUCAGCCCGACAACAAUAUGUUGGAGGUGACGUUUGAGUGUUCUGAACAGCCUGUGGAUCGCAGCAAUGUCAUGGGUCACCCUUGCAACUACAACCCAUGCGUGAACGGCCAAUGUAUUGCCACCGACACUCCCAUUGGCUACCAGUGCUGCUGCGAUAAGGGAUUCACCGGUCCUGUGUGUGAUAGAGAGGAGGGAGAAUGUCGCGUAUUUGGAGGGUCCCAGGUCAUCACCUUCGACAAGAACCAAUACCAGUUCCAUGGCGAUUGUCUCUAUACACUCUUCAAGGACUGCUCCGCCGAGGAGAGCGGACGUGUUCCGAUAGAGGUCUCGGUCAGAGGCCAGGUCUUCAAGUUCGUCAGGAGCAUCUCUUUCAUCAAAGAAGUCCACAUUAAGCUCGGAACCAGGGAAGUAAUCUUGGGCCGGGAUCACCUUCAUGAAGUUGACGGCUACGAGAUGGAAGCACCAUUUACUGUUUCUACCACCCGGGCUCUGCUAACUGUUAGACGUGCAGGAGAUAUGAUGGUGGUUACUACUAGUGAUGGAGUCACCAUUGAGUGGAACACCAAAGGCCAACUGUCCAUCCGAAUCCCCAAGGACUUUCACCAAGCAUGUGGUCUUUGCGGAGACUUUGAUGGUGAUGCCACCAACGACUUCAAAAACAGACAAGGACAACCGCUCCAAGGUACCACUGCUCUUGCUCGGGCCUGGGCUCACAGCACCAGGGAUUGCACCAUCUGCCAAGGAUGCCAGAAUAUAGAUGCCUGCACAAGAAGAGCAGGCUAUCAGCAAGAUGCACUCCAGAUUUGCUCCAUCAUCAAGGAUGAAAAUGGGCCAUUUGCUGACUGCUUUGAUGAUGUUGACCCCGAGCCGUACUUCAAUGCAUGCAUGCAGGACCAGUGUGCGUUGCUUCCCAAGCAGGAUCUCCGAUGCGCCCACUAUGAGGCGUAUGCUGAUGCCUGCCAGGUCAGGAGAGUCCAGCUACUGGGAUGGAGAGAUGCCACCGGCUGCGGUUACAUGUGUCCACUUGGCAAGGUGUAUUCGGCCUGCUCAGAGGGUCUCACCAAGCACUGUGGAUUGACUGCGGUGGAAGCGUCCUGCACCAAGCGAUGCUACGAAGUCUGCGAAUGCCCGCCGAACAAGGUCAUGUCCGGCCGAAGCAUCUGCGUGGCUCCCGAGGAGUGCGGCUGUUUGAACCAGCACGGGAUCGACACCUACUAUGUACCGGCUGGCAUGACGUUCACCAAGUAUGGGUGUGGCCAGGAGUGCACCUGUGAUCAGGGAGGCCGGAUCAGCUGCACUGCAUACUCCUGCCAUGAGCAUGCCACCUGCCUAGCGGGCAGGGAUGGGGUCUAUGGCUGCCAUUGCAAGGCUGGCUACUCGGGCAAUGGACACACCUGCCACAUGGAGGUUGUUGAGUAUCCGAGGAUGCGUGCCGUGGUGACGGAAGGUCAGGUGAUGAAUCUGGACUGUGGGGACUAUAUGCUGGACAUCCUGGAUGUCAGCUAUGGUAGCCUGGAUGGGGUGUGCGAAGGGGAGGACCAGGACCCCGUCUGCGAGUCCUACAGCUCCUACUCCAUGGCCCUGGGAAUCUGCCAAGGAUAUCAACGAUGCAGGAUCCCAGCAUGCGAUCGUCUAUUUGGAGACCCCUGUUUCACCAAACGUCAUUACCUGUCUGUCUUCUACACAUGCUCUCACAACCCGGUGGUCAAACAUCCUAAGAUGCCGUUCAAAAAGAUCAUCUGUGAGAACCAUCCUGUUGUCCUGAACUGCAGGGGUGGUUUCAUCAAUGUCCUCUACGCCAGCUAUGGACGCUCCACUGGACGUGAUAUCUGUGCAGCGGACAACAUCGGCGACCAGUCGUGCCACGAGCCUACUUCUCUGAGCGUGGUCAUGUCCAAGUGCCAAGGCCACGCCAAGUGUGAAAUAUGGGCCAACGACAAAUUCUUCCCCGAUCCUUGCCCGGAUACCUUCAAGUACCUGGAGGUACAGUAUGAGUGCGUAGGCACCAAGCUCAUCUACUUCAACACCAUCUAGGUUGCUCUCGUGGCCUGUUUUCUUAAAACCUGUUAUGGUAACGAAUUUCCAGUAACAGUUAAAAGCUACUGGAAUCAUUCAAUUUGAUUGGCUGACAGUAAUCUUGUUACAGAAAUCGUGCAUUUGUUAUCAUACCAGGUCUUUUUUGAAACAGGAUAUCAUCACCUAGGCAUCUUUGAAAUCUGUGAUUUUCAUUUCACUCAACAGUAGUCAUACUCUAUUCACGAUAUGCAUGUAGGCAUGCAUUAUUUAUUUAAUCAGUAAACGUUCUGUUUUCAUCCGUACAUCCGUACAUAACUUUUUCCAUAGGGGUUCACAGUUUGGAUCUUAUAAAACCAAUUCUUAAUCAAUUUCGAUUCAAUGGAAUCUGAUUAUUUGAUUUAACGUCACAAAAACUUUUAGGGAGAAAACAUGCUAAAUGUGAAGGUUAGUUCAUUUCAAAAGAGUUUACAUUUUUAUUUCAUUUCAGUAAGAUUUCUACAUAAUAGAUCUGAGGUUUAAGAUGGUAUCAAUUUAAUUCAUUUUGAUUUUACCUUCAUUGCUGUACUCUAACUUGAUAUAAAGUCAUCAUUCAUUGCUUGUCCACAAAGGUUGUAAUCUCAUCAAAAUAUUUAAAUUGUAAACUCAGUGCAAUAUUACUACAUUCUUGAUCGGAUAUAAAUAUGUUAGAGUAUUCUGAAUACUUUUGAAAAACUCUUAUUCCUUGAAGAUGAAUGAAAAUUUCUAGUACAUAAACUAAGUGCAAUAUUAAUACUUCCAUGAUUAAAUGUAUAUUUUACAGUAUUAUAAAUAUAUCACUUUCUGAAAAGAUGUGGAAUGUGAACAGAUAUUUAGUAAUAAUAAUAAUAAUAAAAAAUAGUGGUAAUAAUAAUAAUAUUAUCAAUAAUAAUACAAUUCUGUUUGUAUACCACACAAAUCUGUUAUAGAUACCGUAGCUCCACACAGAAAAAACAACAAUUAUAAUAAAGUAAAAUAAUAUAACAGCACUGAUGGGGCUACCCUGCUGAAAAAAACUAAAUAAAGAAAUAAGUAAACAAUAUUAAAUAUUGAAAGCGCCACAUACUUAAACAUCAAUGAGACUCGUCAAAAUGCUUCUUGCCUUACACUAUCGUACAUUCCAAAAAUAAGAACAAUUGGCCGAGAUAUAGAUUUAUUAAUUAAUCGAUCUUCAUUUUUAGAAUUUUUAUACCUUGUUGUUACCACUGUCAGGCGAUUUUUUAACAAAAUCCACGAUUGGCCUUUCAUUACUGAUCAAGAAAGCUUUUGAACCAUUUGAAAAAUUUUCUAUGAUCAAUACGAUUGCCAUGAUUGAUCUGGUAUGAUCUGACUUGAUCUGAUAAGUUCACUACAAUUAUUUCUCGAUUAAGUACGCUGACUGUUUGAAUUGUAGCGCAAAUUGUGACAGUGGGAACUAGAUAUAAGAAUUAGACAAUAAUUUUAGCAUGUGCAAUAUUCUUGUCGAUAAAGAUACUGGUAUCUCAAGUGCAAUAAACAACUACUACCCA